GUGCUGCUGAUAGACCGGUGUUAUAUUACAAUAGAAAUCAUAAUUCCUGUUUCACAACUCCCCUCGUGGGUUUUAAGGAGUGCUCGGGCGGUUCUGCCCCAGUGUCAGCACAGCGCGGGCAGAGCAGCGCCGGCACGGGGCGCUGGGAGCACCCCCGGCCCCGGCUCCCUGGGCACUGGGGCACCUGCAACCUCCCUGUGCCCAGGGUUUCUGCUGGGUUUCUGCGGGCAGAAGACCCCCCGGGAGUUGGAUGGACAUGGACCCAGCCUCCGAGCGGCUGAACGGCGGCGGAGGUCCCAGCACGAGACCCAAAACCUGCUUGGUGCGGCGGUCCUUCAUGCGUGUCGGCAUCCCUGUGCUGGUGGUCCUGCUCAGCCUCGCCUGCCUGGCUGGGAUCGGGCUCCUGGUCAAGGCGUACCUGGACUACCACUACUUCUUCUGCAAGCAGCCCCUGAGGCUGCUGCCCCUGAGGAGGGUCUGCGACGGGGAGGCAGACUGCCUGCACGGCGAGGACGAGGCCAGCUGUCCCCAGCGUGUCCCCGAGGGGCCGCAGGCUGGCGCCCGCGUCUCCAGGGACAGAUCCAUCCUGCAGGUGCUGAACAGGAACACCGGAGCCUGGUCCUGCGUCUGCUACGACCACUUCAACCUGGCCCUGGCCAAGGCAGCGUGCGAGCAAAUGGGCUACAGCAGCACCCCGACCUUCCGAGCAGUGGAGGCGGGCGCGGGGCAGCCCCUGCCUCCCCGCGAGCUGGUGCUGAGCGGCGGCAGCCUGCAGAUGCCCGAGCCGGGCAGGAAAUGCCUCUCCGGAUCGGUUGUUUCGCUCGUUUGUUCCAGCUGCGGGGAGAGCGCGAGGACGCCGCGCGUGCUGGGCGGGAGGCCGGCGACCAUCGAAUCGUGGCCGUGGCAGGUGAGCCUGCAGUACAGGACGGAGCACAUCUGCGGGGGCAGCAUCAUCGAGCCCGGCUGGAUCCUCACCGCGGCGCACUGCUUCAAGAACAACCCCGUCAUCCAGAGCUGGCGAGUGAAGGCCGGCUCUGACCUCAUCUCGGGCUCCGCCACCCUGGCUGUGGAGAAGGUCUUCCUGGCCGAGGUGACGCCGCCGUCCCCCAAGGACAACGACAUCGCCCUGGUGAAGCUGCAGUCACCCCUGCAGGUCUCAGACAGAAUCAAGCCCAUCUGCCUGCCCUACUUCGACGAGGAGCUGGUGCCGGGCACGUCCCUGUGGGUGACAGGCUGGGGCUACACGAAGGAGCACGGGAAAUUGUCAGAGACCCUGCAGCAGGCGGAGGUGAAGCUGGUCGACACCACGAGCUGCAACCUGGCUGCGUACCACGGGGAGGUGACGGAGAAGAUGCUGUGCGCCGGCGUCCCGCAGGGCGGGGUGGACACCUGCCAGGGGGACAGCGGCGGGCCCCUGAUGUACCUGGGCAGGCACUGGCAGGUGGUGGGAGUCGUCAGCUGGGGCCAGGGCUGCGGCACCCCCAGCACACCCGGCGUCUACACCGGCGUCCGAGCCUACCUCAACUGGAUCCACGCCGUCCGCAGGGCAGAGCUCUGAGACCUGCCGGGACGGGUCCCCCCCCAGCCUCCCUCCCCGUCCCUGUGCUCUUGGCUGCCCCGGCUCCAGCAGCAGCUGGGAACAAACUCAGUGCUGGAGCCGUGCGGUGCCUCCCGAGCCCUCGCUGGC